AUGUGGGCGCGUAAUCUCUUCGCUCGCACCCUCACACGACACAAAAUAUCCUUGUCGACAUACACCAGCCAUUGCUGCCAACCUUUCGCACACACUCCCUUGUAUACCGUGAGAAUGGCAUCCACGCUACCCCGCCUACCCGUCUUCGAAGCCAUCAAGAAACACGAUGCACAGAGCACCGCUGUAGUCCACUCCUUGUCUGGGCGAUCCUUCACGUACGGGGAGCUUGUAAACGAUGUCGCUGCUGCAAAGGACAAGCUGCAACGGAAUUGCGGUGAGCAGAGCGCAGAGGGCCAACGGAUAUCCUUUCUGGUGGAAAACGGAUACGACUAUGUAGUGACGCUGCUGUCCAUCCUGGCCGCACACGCCAUCGCCGUACCGCUAUCGCCAACCUUCCCAGCUCACGAGCUGCGUUACAUCAUCGACCAGAGCGAGUCGCUUAUGCUUCUCUCGUCUGAGAAGUUCCAAAGCCAAGCCGACGAUGUGCUCAAAGAGGGCAUGGAGACCAAGCCCAUCAACUACAAGCAGGAGAAGAUAAUGAUGGGCAAGACCGACGACUACGUCACGCUCGAGGAGCCCACAAGUGACAAGGGCGGCAUGAUGCUCUACACGUCUGGCACAACAAACAGGCCGAAAGGCGUUGUACUGCCUCAGGACGUCUUGACGGCUCAGUCGCGAUCGCUGCUGGAAGCGUGGAACUACAGCAAAGACGACGUGCUGUUGCAUGUCCUUCCCUUGCACCACAUCCACGGCACUGUCAAUGCGCUGCUUACGCCUCUCUUCGCUGGUAGCACUAUCGAGUUCCAGUUUCCCUUCAACGCAACCGCUGUCUGGGAUCGUCUGGCAGCUCCCUUCCUGCCGAAUCCUGAUCCAGCCAAGAAGCCCAUUACCUUUCUUACCGUCGUCCCAACCAUAUACACGCGCCUGCUCGCAUCGCAUCCUACUCUCUCGCCCCAACUCCAAGCCGCGACCAAGACCGCCCUCCACCCGUCCAACAUGCGCCUGAACAUCUCAGGGUCCGCUGCCCUACCCACGCCGGUCAAGUCUGCAUGGACGGAGCUCAGUGGAGGCAACGUGCUGCUAGAGCGAUAUGGCAUGACCGAAGUAGGUAUGGCGCUUUCGUGUGGACUAGAUUUCACAGAUCGCGUCGACGGCUCUGUAGGCUGGCCGCUUCCUUCGGUGCAAGCGCGUUUGGUAGACACCGAGACUGGCGAGGUUAUACAAGUGGGUGAAGAAGUCGAUCCUGUGACAGAACGUGAACGCCAGGGUGAAAUUCAACUGCGCGGUCCGACCAUCUUCAGAGAGUACUGGAAGAACCCCGAAGCCACGUCUAAAGAGUUCACAGAGGACGCGGACGGACAAGGCAAAUGGUUCAAGACUGGCGACGUCGCUGUCCGGAGGAAUGUUGGCGGAGCGGGCAAGAGUGACCAAGCCUGGGCUAAAGGCCCUCUCUACUUUAUCCACGGACGUAAAUCAGCGGACAUCAUCAAGACUGGUGGCGAGAAGGUUUCUGCCUUGGAAAUCGAACGCGAGAUGCUUUCCCUUCCCCAAGUCGACGAAGUUGCCGUCGUUGGCCUCCCAUCAGAGGCUUGGGGUCAGAAAGUUGCUGCAGUAGUAGUGCUUUCUGAGCAAGGGAAGACCGCCGGCAAGGGCGGCAAAGCGUGGUCUGCAUUGGAUAUGAGGCGGGCGCUGAAGGAAAUACUCGCAAAUUACAAAAUCCCGCAAGAGAUGAAGGUUGUGGACACGAUCCCAAGGAACGCGAUGGGCAAGAUCAAUAAGAAACAGCUUGUCAAGCAAAUCUGGGGUGAGGCUCUGGAGGGAACGAAAGAGAACGGUGCGGUGCAGGUACCUAAUGGAAGUGUAUACGGUGUGGCUCUUGAUAAUCCUUCGAAGCACUUCGAAGGCCACACCUUCUUCAACGGCUCAGAAUAUCUAGUUGCGCUGAAACACGCUGUAUAUCAGAUUGCCACCUUUAUGUAUGGUGUAGACCGUGAGGAGACAAAGAGCAAAGAGGACACAAGUCUUCGCGAAACUAUGAAAUCACAUCUCUUCCUUCUCCAGGCUGUCUUUGUAGAAGCAGCGAUUCGCUUUGGAUGUAGCAGCGUUUCCAUCCAGCGCCUCGAUCCACUUGUGGAGCCUGGUCGCGUACCUUCCUCUCAUGUACAUCAGAUCGUUGGUGGCAAUGCUUUCAAUGCUACGAUGACUGGUGAUAUCGGCGAACAGGGAAGCUAUUUUUCCAAUUACUGGACAGCCGUGAUGUAUUUCAAACAUCAAAACGGGUCGUAUAAGCGCGUGCCCAUCUACCCGAACGCUCAACUAGGAUAUGAAGGUCAAAAUGCAGACCACAUCAAGGGAGGUAUGACGAUAUACUAUACUCAAAAAGACUUCAACAGUUCCGACCUCAGGAAUCCAGUGAGGGCUUUCCCUCCGGGCUUUCGUAUGACUGUUGGCAAUCCGUCGACGACCACAAUCAACGGCACUAAGAAAGGUUUGGCAUACACAUGCCUGCAAACCGUCCUCACUAGAGGCUACGAGACUCCUGACUUCCCGAAAGAGCCAUGUCCUGCCGGUAUAAUGGCUAUUCAGACUGUCGAAGAGAUGAAUGCUUGCGCGGUUGAAAGCUCCGUCGAUGAAGAUGUGGAGGGAUGGCUGGAUCAUCUCCCCGGCAUUACCCAUUGCAAAUCCGCCAUCAUGGUAUCCUUCACCAUCCUCACAACUGCUUUGCUAGUUUCUCUUCCCACUGCCUUUGCAGCGCCUAGAGGCGUCACAUCUCUCAUUAACCACGAAACUGUAGGGAAGCAACUCGAAGCCCGUCAAGGAGGUUACUACUCUUUCUGGUCUGAGGGAGGCGGCUCAUUCCGUUGCAGCCAACAAGGCGGCGGCAAGUACACGUGUAACUGGUCAGGCCAGGCCGGCGGUGGCUUCGUAGCUGGUACAGGCUUCAAGCCCGGAGGUUCAAGGGCCGUAAAAUACGCAGGUACAUACGAUGCCAAAGGACCCGGUUACCUCGCCCUGUACGGUUGGACGCGCAAUCCCCUCAUCGAAUACUACAUCAUCGAAUCAUAUGACAUCCUUGCACCCGGUGAACCUUGGACGCGCAAAGGCAACUUCACUUUCGAAGAAGGCACCUACGAGCUCUACACCAGUCAGCGCGUAAACAAGCCGUCAAUCGAAGGUACCCGCACCUUCACACAGUUCUGGUCAGUGAGAACAGAGAAGAGGGUUGGAGGUACUAUUACUACGCAGAAGCAUUUUGAUGCAUGGAGUAAGGCGGGGAUGAGACUUGGUGGUCACGAUUAUAUGAUCCUUUGUACGGAAGGUUUCGCGAAUGGGACCCUACUGCCGAGUGGAAGUAGUACCAUCACAUUCAGACUUAUUAGAAAUGCACAUGGAAAAACAUACCCAGAGCUACUGGUCCAUCCCAAAGCAGACAAAGAAGGCGAGGAGAUGGGACGAGGUUUUCAGAGAUAUGCUGUGAGCAAACUGGUUCCUAUUAUGGUCAUGUACGAACUCAAUCGUCGUCUCAAGACCCACUAUUUUCCCACAAACACCAUCACGAUGCCUGCCAGUGUUGCCUCCUCCGUCUCGACUAUCAUCAAGCCCUCACCAGCCCCGAAGUGCGGUGAGUCGCAAACGUUCAAGAUGCCUCCGUAUGUUGCCCGCAAUGCUCUCCUACGAACCUCACAGGCGCUCUCGCGUCUAUCAAAACCAGCACUUCGAUUCGCUCACACGCAGCGCAGGACUUUGCCCGACUUCUCGCUUGAAGGCAAGGUAGCUGUCGUGACUGGUGCUUCUCAAGGCCUCGGUCAACAGAUCCUCGCCGCAUUCGCCCUCUCAGGCGCCCAUGGAGCCAUAGUGGAUCUCAAACAAGAAGGCGCCGACAAAUCUGCCAAGGCUCUGAUCGAGGAGGCUGAGACUCAGGGUCUACCUCCGCCAAAGGUGCAUGGUUACGAGUGCGACACUUCUUCCGAAGAAGGUGUAAAGUCUACUUGGGACAAGAUCAUCCAAGAGUUCGGCACAGUCGACAUCCUUGUCACCAACGCUGGGAUCACUGGCGGCGCACCAGCAGAGGACUACCCUUUCGAGGACUUCAAGCGCAUGAUUGACGUCAAUCUGACCGGAACUUUCCUCUUCUCGCGCACAGCAGGGAAGUGGUGGAUUGAAAACCAAGUCGACGGCCGCAUCCUGAUCGUCUCGUCUAUGUCUGGUUCCAUCGUGAACCGCCCCCAAAAGCAGUCAGCAUACAACGCCUCCAAGGCUGCAUCCGCCCAUCUCAUGAAAUCCCUGGCAUCUGAAUGGGCGCCCCAUGGUAUCCGCGUCAACGCGCUAAGCCCGGGGUAUAUCCAGACAGAGGCAAACGAGGGCGAAGAAAUGGAGAAGCUGAGUAAAGAAUGGCUUAAGGAUAUUCCGAUGAAGAGAAUUGCCAAGCCUGAAGAAUUUCGGGGUGCGGCAGUUUGGCUGAUGCAGUACGGAAUGCGCUGCCAUAUCACUCAAAGAGAUCAUCUUCAGCACCAACACAGAAGAGAACAGGGUGCAAAUACCAUGAGGCUACAACCCAUCAUCAGUGCCUUCGGGCUGCUUGCUAUCGCAAAUGCAGGACUGUUACGCUUCGGAUGCGCACAGUUGACCGUUCAGCGACUCGACCCAUUGGUCAACCCAGGAGCUAAUCCGUCGCCGCAUCUUCAUCAGAUCAUCGGUGGUAACUCAUUCAACGUGACGAUGGACCCUACCAAAGGUCAUGAUCUAGCGGCGCAGUCAACUUGCACUACCUGCGAGUUUACCGAAGACCUAAGCAACUAUUGGACCGCAGUAGUGUAUUUCAAAGCAAAAAACGGUACUUUCAAACGCGUCCCUCAACGAGCGCAACAAGGCAUGGAGGGUACGAAUGGCGGCAUGGUCGUAUAUUAUAUGACGGACGCCCUCUUCAGCACUUCGCAAACUACAAAAGUAACAGCUUUCAAGCCAGGUUUCCGCAUGCUAAUUGGCGACGUCUCGUACCGUACACGCGAAGCAGCUCGCGACUUUCGACAAUUAACCUAUAUAUGUAUGCAGAAUGAGGGUACUCGGGAGCCAGAAACGCUCGAAUUUCCUAAGCAGCCGUGCCCUGCGGGUAUCAUGAUUAACCACAGAUUUCCAACCUGCUGGGAUGGUGUAAACCUCGAUUCACCAAACCACCGUGAGCACGUUUCAUACCCAGCAACUGGCACGUUUGAGAAUGGCGGCGCAUGUCCAUCAACGCACCCCAUUCGUAUUCCUCAAAUCCUGCUUGAGACUGUGUGGGACACGAAGCAGUUCAACAACAAGGCAGACUGGCCCACUGACGGCAGUCAGCCAUUUUUGUGGUCUAGUGGCGAUGCGACCGGGUUUUCGACCCAUGCGGACUACCUCUUCGGCUGGAAGGACAACUCGCUACAGAAAGCCAUGGAUGGGAACAACUACGUGUCAGCUCCAACGCUUAAGAAGCAGAACAUCGCUACACAAAACAGGUGUAAUGUCAAGGACAUGGUCGGCGAGAAUUUUGAUGGCUGGCUCACAGCAUUGCCGGGUGGUAUGCAGGUGAAUUGA